CAUGGCUCUGUCGGGGUAUGUGCCAUCCACGCUCAUGAAGGUUCCAUCCAUGGCUAACCCACAGGUGGCGGCCACGUGCCCGUGGUCCGAGUACAUGGACGCGGCAAGCGGCAAGCCGUACUUCUACCACUCGGGCACGAAGCAGUGCGUCUGGGACGAGCCCGAGGAGUACCGCAUCUACAAGGCGCGGGCCGCGGUCCGGCUCCGCUUCAAUGACAACGCGACCGCGUCGCCGACAAACAGCGAGCCCAUGGACAUGACGCCCGAUGAGACUCCCAUCGAAGAGGCGCCAGCGACUGUGACCGCCAUUGAAGCCACGACGGACGGUGCGACAACGGCGACGGCAACCGACGCAGCCGUCGAGGUGGCCACCAAGCCGACGACAGCAACGAAGUCAGACGACGAAGACGACAUCGCCAAGUACGCUGCCAUGUCCAAAGCCGACCAAGUGGCGGCGUUCAAGGUGAUGCUCAAGACGCUGCCGAUCACGCCCAAGAUGAAGUGGGGCGACGCGCAGCGACUCAUUGCGGACGAGCCGGCGUGGUACGCCCUCCCCACGAAUGGCGAGAAGAAGCAAGCGUACUCGGAGUUCCUCACGCAGCUGACGAAGGAGCUCGAUCUGGCUCGGCGCCGCCAGCAAAAGGUCGCGCGCGAGGACUUUCUCAAGCUUCUCGCGUCCUGCAAGAAGAUCUCGGUGCACACGCGCUGGCACGAAGCGACGACCGACGACUUUGGUCUCACUACCGACGACCGCUUCAAGGCGGUAGCCGACGACGACGAGCGCCGCGAGCUCUUCCUCACCUUCCUCGACGACAUGGCCCGCAGCGAGCGCGAGUACGCCCGGAAGAAGCGCGACGAGCACAAGGCGACGAUCCUUGCCUACUACGCGUCGCCCGAGCUCGCGAUCUCGGCCGAGUCGCGCUGGGUCGUGGUCCGCGACGUUGUCUUCAAGGACGAGGCCAUUCUGGGGCUGGGCGUCGCCAAGCGCGACCUCGAGGACUUCUUCUUCGAGUACCUCGACACGCUCAAGAAGGCGGCGGCCGAGGCCAAGCGGCUCGCGCGCAUCAAGGCGCGGGAGACGGAAGACGCGCUCGCGGCCGCCUUCCGCGCCUAUCUGCAGGACGAGAUUGCGCACAAGCGGAUCACGCUCCAGAUGCGCUGGCGCGACUGCCUUGAGCGCCUGGAAGUCAACGAGACGUUUGUGGCGCUGCGCCAAGCCAACACGAUCCUCGCCCGCGACGUGUUUGAGAUGACCAUGGACAAGUGGCACGCGACCGUCCGCGACGAACGGCAGUGGCUGCACACGCUGCUCGAGCGCAACGGCUUCCGCAUGCAGCACAAGACGACCUUGCGCGACUGCUUGGAGCAGCUUCAGCACACGAUCGAGCCGCUCGUGGGCGACGACCCGCGUGGGACGUUUUACCGCCAGCUCCUCUCCGAGGCCACCGUGCCCGAGAGCGUCCUCGACUGGUUUAGCUCGACGCACCGCGCCGAAGUCGAACGCGCCGAGCGGGUUGCGGCCGCGAAGAAGCAGAAGUUGGAUGACUUCACAGACCUCCUCACGGAAUUCUUCUUUCGCUCGGACCAUUUGGACGUACCAUGGGACGACGCCCGGCGACUCGUUGAAGGCCGCAGCCGGUACCGCGCCAUGGGUUCGGACGCCGACGCCAAAGCCGCGUUUGACGCGUACAUGACGACGCUGCGCGCCAAGAUGCAGCAGGUGCUCAAGACGCGCAAGCUCCUCGAUGCUGAAGAGGGCGAGGUGCGUGCGAGCCGGUCGCGCGAUCGCAAGCGACGCAAGCGGUCGUCGUCGACGUCGUCGUCGUCACGGAGUCCGUCGGCGUCGAGUCGAAAGCGCCACAAGAAGAGCUCGAAGAAGAAGUCGAAGAAACAGGCCAAGAAGGCCAAGAAGCGCAGUCGGUCGCGAAGCAAGCGCCGGUCGUCCUAAGUGGCCGGCCACCGCGUGUUUGCUUGUAAAGGAAUGAACAGUUGCCUUCAUCUCAGUACAGCAGUGUCCUU